AUGAAACCAGGCCUAAUAUUAGAUGAAAAAGCGAAGCACGAACGACGGGAGAAAAUCACACGCAAUCGACUAACUCGUUCUGGUGCAUUGAUUGGUUCCUCCUCUAGUUUGUCAUCGGUUUCACUUCCCGCCGCCGUCUCCGCUGCAGCACCACUCCCACCGCCGAACAUAAACUUGAAACCGGAUUCCUCGUCCAACGGGAAUUCCUUUCUUCUGUCCACUCCAGAUCCUACCGGUAUCGAUACCGGAACCGAUUCCUCGCAUAGUUUGGGUGAAUCGUUUGAUCGAAUGCUUUCACCUUCUGCGUCCUGUACAGGAUUACAACUCGGGGGACCCACAUCGACGGAUCACUGGCGCACUUACUUCGAUGGCUCGGUAGGUUUU